CGAGUCGUCGUCGUCAUCGUCGUCGUCGCCGGCCAGUAAAUUCAGUGCCGUUCGACCCGAUGGCCGUCGCGUUUGUCAGGUGUCGUCGUCGUCGUCUUCGUCGUCGCCGUCGUCGCCGCGGCGGUUCACUGCCGGAAGUCCGUCCCGACGUUGUUUCCGGUUGUUGACUGACCGGAAAAACAAGUCGGCAUGCGGGAGAACAACAGCGGUACCGACGGCAGCGGCGGAGACGAUCGCACGACUUCGUCGUCGUUCACGGUCAUCGACGACGACGACCAUCAACACGACCACCGCAGCCGUCGCCGUCACCGCGAUCACCAUGGUCACCGAGAUCGCCAAGAUCACCGGGAUCAGCACCCACGCGACCGGGACCCGCGACACUUUGCCCGGUCCCUGGACUCGAAGCUCAAAAAGCUGCAGCAGCGGCACCCCGGCGACGGCGUCAAGCAGCGCUCGUCCAGGAAACCCGUUUUCGUGACCACAGUGAAAACGGGCAUUUUCCUGGACCCGCCGCCCGACCUAGCCGCCCUGCUCGGGCUCGACGACCGUUCGUCUCAGUCCGGCGUCGACUCGGACCGAUACUACUCGUACUCGAGCAAGCCGCGCGUACUCCACGACAGGCAACACCAACGGUGCACAGUCUCUUAUUCUUGCCGGAAAACCGACGGGCAACCCGAUAUGUGCAAACAAAUGGGUUACACGAACAUCAUGCAUGACAAACGGGUGGUCAGAGGCAGUAAUUUUGCAAAAAAAUCGUUCCGUCCAAAAUGGAACCCAUAUUUUGGGUAUGCUAAACAGUUGUCGUCGGAGAUGGGUAAAGAGUCACCCGCUGCACGGGAAGCGGAAGCUCGUCGACGGGCCAUGGCCAGGAAAAAAGCCAUAGACUACCAGACCAGGGCUAUGCGAUUACACCUGGGAGCGCCGAAACUUCCCAGGGGCCGACAGAACGUGGACAUCCAAACCGAUGUACAUCUAGAAGAAUUGUACGAUUAUCCAGUAUCCCAGACGUUCGGGGCGCAGACUGAAUUCGAUCAAGAGAUGUUCUCGAAUCCGGGAACUGGGACGUCCGCUGGCACCGACGCUUCUACCCAAGUAGACGACAAAGAUUUAUUCGACUUCGACACCGAGGUGACGCCGAUAGCUGAAGCUCUAAUAUCUGACGCCUUCAGAACAGCCAUGCAAGAAGUGCUCUACGAAGACGAGCUGGAGACGAGGGCCCGGCAACAAAGGGCGCUGUGCAUGAGGCGCAAAGUCGAGGAGAUAGAAAUGAAGAGACUUCAAUACCAAGACGAAAGGCUGAAACAAGUUAUCGCUGAACACACGAAAAUGUUCGACGAAGGCGAUGAAAGAGAAAAACAACGAAUCUCCUCGACGUUGACUUCGGACCGUGUGACUGAUUUGUUGCCCAAAGUACUUGACGAUCUGAGUGAAAAAGGACUCACAACCACGACUGGAAAUAAAUUAGAAAGUCCAGAAUUCGUGGCAUGGCUGACGGAAGAACUGCAAGCUGAUAAAACGAAACACGCCGAGAGCGACGAAAUUUUGAAAAGUAUGAUUCACGAUUUAAUAAGUCGUCGUUUGGAUUCAUACAACGAAACUACUGACGUGAAGGAUAUUGAACGACCCGAAGAACUAUUUAAAGAAAUCGAAUCGAUAACAUUAGAAUCUGACAAAAAAAUUGAAUCAGAUAGCUCGACAAAAGCUGCUAAAGAUAGCUAGAAAUUAGUUAAUACUUAAGAGCGUUUCGUUAAGAGGAAAAAUAAAGUUUCUACGAAUUUUUCCCACUUCAUACGGCACAGAAUGUAUUUGGACAAAUAUCGAUAGGUGUUAUACAUGUGUCUUACAUAUUAUAAAAAUAUACAAUUUAAUAUAAUCGUAUAAUAUAGGAACAAAAUUAAAUAUUACAAUAUAGGUAUGCCCUAUACGUAUGAGACAGUGAAGCACUGAAUGUUAAGAUACACUCUGUUAAACAAACAUUUAAGUACAAAUUUGAUUGGUGUUGACCACCAAGUAUAAAGACUUCUUCGUUGUUACUGUGGUCAUCAUAAAUCCUUAUCCACCAAGUCAGGCGUAAUAAGUUUCAACAUCAUGAAAUCCGAAAAUUGUAAUACUUGAAUUUCUAGAAAAAAAACAUUUUUUUAACAGUUUAAAUUCUAAAGUGAUUGUACACCAAUAGAGUAGGUAUCUAUAAAUAUAAAUAAACAUAAAUAUAAAUACUACCUAUAUUAUACAUAUUUUUCUUCGCGACAGUUUAUAAUAGUUUAAAUUAUGAUGAAAGCAAUGAAAUAUAAUACCUGAUUAGUUUUUCUCUCGCCCCGAUUUAAAAUUUUUAAAAACCUACGAACAACUCAGUGUAAACGCGCACCUAUACCUAUACAAUUACUAAGUGGGUAGCAAACAUAUUUUGAACCAAACAAGAAGUGGAGGAAACUAAAUAUUUUUGAAUAUUACAAUAUAAUAUUCGUUGUUGUGUAGUUUUAGAAAUCAAUAAACGUAUACUAUUAAUAGAUAAACACCGAGACGAUGAGCUUCAAUCAAAAUAUGAUACGUUGUUAUAUCGUUAUAAUAUAUACAUAUUACAUACUACAUAUUAUAUAGAUUGAAAAAAAUAACGUACUGCUAAAUAUAUUAUUAUAUUAUGUGAUUAAUUAUUAUUAUUAUUAUUAUUAUUAUUAUUAUUACAAAUUUGUUGAGUCGUAUCAAAAGUCUAUGUAUUUUUGAAUAUAUAUAUUAUAUUAUAUAAUAAA